AUGGAGCAAUUCGAUGAUACUUCGUCAUUUUCGUCCGACGGGAUCAUAGAAAAGAUCAUCGAUGAGCUCCAAGAGCAGCAACAGUUGCUUGCUGCGAUGUACUCUCAACCGGCGCCGGAACGUGUUAUUCAUCACCGUCAAUACGUCCACCGUGAUCGUGAGGGUGAAGAUACUUACUUCCAGAUGAGCCAUGAUGCACGAGAUCAGGACUUUCUCACACCUUUGCAGAAAUGCACGGCGGCUAUCUGCGAAUUAGCCACUGGCGUCAGUGCGGAUACUUUCGACGAGUAUCUCAAGGUCGUCGAGACGACGGGGCGUCUAUGCCUCAAGAAGUUCUGCACGGCUGUCAUCCAGGCUUUCGGAGCCCAUUAUCUUCGCCGUCCAACGUCGGCGGACAUCCAACGCCUUACUCAGAUGCACGAGGCGCGACACGGAUUUCCCAGGAUGCUCGGGAAUGUUGAUUGUAUACAUUGGGCAUGGAAGAAUUGCCCAAAGGCGUGGCACGACGCAUAUACACGUGGUGAUCAAGAGGAGCCCACCUUGAUUUUGGAGGUCGUUGCAUCCCACGAUCUGUGGAUUUGA